UACUUCUAAAAUGUACGUCAUUUUCUAGUUUUCCGGCAUAUACAAACAACUGUUAGUUGGCUAUGUCGCGGACAUUAUUUACAAGGAUUUUGUUUUCAGAAAUGUAAGUUAUGGUGGACCUCAUAUAGUUGCUUUUGUAGCCUAGUAAAAAUCCUGUGGGGGGUCUGAAAUGUAAGCACAUCCUACUUACUCUUUCUGUGUCAGCUGACUUUUUAACUGUAGACCGGGGACGAUGAAGCGGGGUUUAACUUCAAAGGACAGGGAACGCAGCGCAUUUUUAUCUUAGCAUGAUUGUUGUAAAACGACAAAUCUCCGCCGCCGAGGACAAAAUGCUGAAUAGGACACAAAGGGAAAGCUAUUAACGUAUCAGCUGGUUCGUUCGUUGGUUCGUUAUGCCUGAAUCACCACAGACGACUUUGCCGGCCAUUAAGCGCCUCGGCUAUGCCGUGGGACACUUUUUAAACGAUUUGUGCGCGUCUAUGUGGUUUACAUAUCUACUGGUUUUUUAUCAUUCGGUUUUGGGAUUUAAAAACACCUACGCCGGUGUAUUGCUGUUGGUUGGUCAGAUAGCAGAUGGUGUGUGCACACCUCUCAUUGGCUACGAGUCUGACAGAACAUCUGGCUGCGGCUCGUAUGGGAAAAGGAAAUCCUGGCAUUUGAUAGGGACUGUCAGUGUACUACUGUCCUUCCCUUUCAUAUUUAACCAAUGUCUUGGCUGUGACCAGUACACUCCACAGUGGGCCAGCCUCGUCUUCUUUAUACCAUUCAUAGUCAUUUUCCAGUUUGGUUGGGCUGCCACCCAAAUCUCCCAUUUGUCCCUCAUUCCUGAGCUUGUGUCAUCUGAACAUGCCAAAGUGGAGCUGACAGCAUACAGGUAUGCGUUUACAGUAAUCGCCAACAUUACCGUGUAUGCGGUAGCUUGGGUUCUUUUCCACUUCCAGUCUGGGGAAGAUCCAUCAGUUGUGGACAAUCUUGGCCCCACUGACAUCCCUGUUUUCAGGAAUCUGAGUCUGAUAGUGCUGGCCAUCGGAGCACUGUUUUCUCUGAUUUUCCACCUGGGUACGCGAGAGACAAAGGCCAGGGGCAGUGAGGAUGAGGAAGAUGACUCCAGUGAAGGCGAACGGCAGCCUCUUAUAGUUCGUUCCACUGUAACUCUUCCUUCCUCUGCACUCCAAUGGAAACACUGGCUGAGGGAGCCAUCAUUCUACCAGGUGGCUGUUGUUUACAUGUGUACUCGACUCAUAGUAAACCUGUCCCAGACGUAUAUAUCCAUGUACCUGACUAACACACUCCUACUGCCUAAGAAGUACAUAGCCACUAUCCCCUUGGUGAUGUACGUCAGUGGUUUCGUCUCUUCGUUCAUUAUGAAGCCUUUUAGCAAACUGAUAGGGAAGUGUAUGACCUUUUUUGUGGGACUUUUGCUGAUCCUGGUGUUCUCCUACUGGGUGCUGCUGGACACUCACAUGGGGGACGGCGUAUAUGGAGCGGCAGUGCUGCUGGGGGUGGGGUCAGCCACCAUCCUGGUCAUGUCACUCUCCAUGACGGCAGAUCUGAUCGCAGAUCAGACGCAAAGCAGUGCCUUUGUAUAUGGAGCUAUGAGUUUCACUGACAAGGUGGCCAACGGGCUAGGGGUCAUCAUCAUCCAGAGCCUACACCCGUGCCACACACAGGCUUGUUGUCCUGCAUGUGUGUGGUAUUACCACUAUGUCAUGGUGCUGGUGACUGGUGGAGUGGCUGUUUUAGCAGGGCUUGGACUUUGCACUAUUCUCAUCUGGCCUAUCAAGAUAGUGCGCCUAUGUGUGGAGAGACAGGUAAAUGGGUCUGUUAGCAAUCAUACUGAGGGCCUGACCGUAAUGCCUGGCCUGGUGCCGUCAGAUGUGGAGGACUCGGAAACCAGCAGUGAACCAGGGCUCAUCAAUUGAGCGCUUCUGUGGGAGCAGUCUAGCCUGCUGCACAGAAAGGCUGCAAGAAGGUAGAAUUGCUACCAUGUUUGCUGCUAUGGAAACUGGACUUGCGAUUUUGUAAUGCCUGAAUGUGCCAAAUGGAGCCUCUGCUUGGACUCUGCUUGCCUUACCCUUAUAUUCAUGCACACAUCUGUCCUUGUUUACCUCCAUGGUUCUAUGGGACCUUGUCAUGGCGGUAAACACAGCACCUACACAUUUGUCAUCAGAGCAGUUGAUUCUCAGAUAUUAUAAACCCACAGACUCAGAGGUGUAUCAAUUUAGAUUCAAAAAGUGAAAGUCCUGCUGCAGGUUUGUAUCACCCUGUUAGUUUAACUCAUUAAUCUGCCUGCUCAUUGAGCUAAUUAGAAAAGUUGGGCAGUUGGAACAAAAUUGUGAGCUGGAUUUCUUUCUGAACGUAAACUUUAUCCCAUUCUGUAAUGCAGUAAGACUUUUCUUUAUUGCCUGUAGGCCAUUUUUAUCAUUAAGAAAUAUUAGAAGUAUGAAUUAUAAUGGGGCAAUUAUUUUCUACAUUUGUUUCUUAAGAAAAUGUUUUGAAUGUAUUUAUCUAACAACUACAUUGAUGGUCACUAAGUUGUACAUCUGACACAGUGUGGCAUACAUUACCCGCAGUGCAUGUGAAAGGUCAGUAUAACAGUCAUUCAGUAACUACUCUUGAAAACACUCUUGAGGGAUCAACUAUUGAGUAAAGAUCAAAGGGAUUGCAUCCUUACUAUUGGACGAUCUAAAGGAAUCAACUAUUGAGUAAGGAAACACUUUUUAUUCAUAGUGUUAUUAUAUGUAUAUGUUUAUAUGUUAAUUUUAUAGAAUAAAAAAUGCAUUGUUUUAAUGCUUUAAAGAUUGAAAUAUG